GUCUCCUAACAAAAAAUCAGUUACAGAUUUUCUUUUAGGUGGGUGCUGUUUCCUCUUCUCCAUGAUUCAACCCCCAGUAGAGGAGUCUUCCCCAAUCCUCUAUCUCUCUCUACGAUCUAAGAUUUCUGAGAGUAAAGACAAAAAUCCAACGUCGUUUCCCAGCUGGGUCUUUAUCAUUUCCAGCUUACAAUUCGGCCAAAUUAACCGCAAUUACACUUUAUUCGCUUCCUCCACCGAGUCACCGACUAUUGUAGAUCUUCCAUUUAACGAUAUCGAAUUUCAUCUUUAACUUUAAGAUCCCCAAGACCCAGUAAAUUUUACUGGGAUCGAAGUUAAAACUUGCUUAAGACGAGGAAGGAACAUAUUUGUUUAACCCUGUUAGUGUGCAAUGAGAUUACAAUAGUUGGGAUUUUUUGGUUUUCGUUUUUUUUUUUGUGUACUGUAAAGAUGGAGGCGUCGGAGGCGGGUGUCGCGGUGGAUGCGGCAUCGGGUUCGUAUAAGGGGAUGUCUUCUGAUAAUAUAAAAGGAUUAGUGAUGGCUUUGUCUUCCAGUGCCUUUAUAGGUGCCAGCUUCAUUGUUAAGAAAAAGGGAUUAAAGAAAGCAGGAGCUUCUGGCGUCAGGGCUGGAGUUGGAGGGUAUUCAUAUCUAUAUGAGCCGCUAUGGUGGGUGGGUAUGAUAACAAUGAUUGUUGGAGAAAUUGCCAAUUUUGCUGCUUAUGCAUUUGCACCAGCCAUUCUGGUUACCCCUCUUGGUGCACUCAGCAUUAUUAUCAGUGCUGUACUUGCACACAUUAUUCUACGAGAGAAGCUACACAUUUUUGGUGUUCUUGGUUGUGCUUUAUGUGUUGUCGGUUCAACCACUAUUGUUCUUCAUGCUCCACAAGAGCGUGAAAUUCAAUCAGUCAAAGAAGUGUGGGACCUUGCUACUGAGCCAGCAUUUCUCUUUUAUGCAACUCUGGUGAUAGCAAUUGCUGUUAUUCUAAUAUACCACUAUAUCCCACAAUAUGGUCAAACUCAUAUAAUGUUUUACAUUGGUGUUUGCUCGCUAUUUGGUUCAUUAUCGGUCAUGAGUGUCAAAGCACUUGGAAUUGCAUUGAAGCUGACACUAUCAGGAAUGAAUCAGCUAAUAUAUCCGCAGACAUGGGUCUUUGCUUUGAUUGUCAUUUCUUGCGUGCUUACCCAAAUGAAUUAUUUGAAUAAGGCUCUUGACACAUUCAACACAGCUGUAGUUUCACCCAUUUACUAUGUUAUGUUCACUUCUUUAACCAUAUUGGCAAGUGUGAUCAUGUUCAAGGAUUGGGACAGGCAGAACCCAACCCAGAUUGUUACAGAAAUGUGUGGAUUUGUGACCAUUCUUUCUGGAACUUUUCUUCUUCACAAGACAAAAGAUAUGGUUGAUGGUCCCACGACUAUGGCUGCACGACUUCUGAAGCAUGCUGAUGAGGAAAAUGGUAUUGGUGAAGAAGGUAUCCCUCUGAGGCGUCAGGAAAGCUUAAGAACGCCUUAAUGUAUUCCUUUUUAUCUAAUUUUUUUGUAGUUGACAUCCCAAAGUGGUGGUUGUGCUGUUUGUGGAAGAGACGACACAAAUGUGAUAUUGUGCAGUUGUAUCACAUACCCAAUCAAUAGCCAACAGGCCUUCAACACACAGUGGGAGGAGAGAAUGAGUUUUUCCGUUUUUCUACCCUUUCCCUAGUCUGUAACUCUGUUAUUCUCUACCAGUUAAGCUACUUAGACAAGGGUAGUCGUCUGGAUUUAAAAACAGGUACUGCGUGUCAGCACCUAUUUCGCUCCUCUUUUUUUUUUUUUUUUUUUAAGUCCAAUGAAUGCUUGACACGUGUUCCAUGUUUUUAAAUCCUGUCAAAUGCCCUGUUUGUGUA